CAACGAGGCAGAACAAAAUUAAACGUAUUUUAAACAGACUCGUUUAUAUAUUCAUCCACUUUUAUAUAGUUUUGCAUUCAAUCUAACCGGAUUUUAUUUCACAUACUGCUCAUAACGAUGGAAGUUGAAUAUAGUAAUAUGUACACAGCAGUAUCUUUCUUCGCGAUUUUAGGCCUUGCCUGGUGUUUGAGACGACCAUUCAGAUUUCAUAUUUUGCAAAGGAUAUCUGCACGGAAAAUUAACGGGGACACAUCAUUUUUAAAUAAAUUGUUAUGGAAGGAGAAGGUUGAAAUGUUCCAGUUUCUGUAUGAAUAUAAAGAAAAUAGCAACACGAACUUGACCGUACUUGAUGUUGGAUCAGGACCAGCUGCUAAUCUUGCUUUUCUUCCAAAAAAUACAAAAUUAGUUUGCCUGGAUCCAAAUCCACAUUUAAAAGGAUACAUCGAUGAAAACUUGAAGAAGUGUGAUAAUGAUAUAGACACGGAUAUUGUUCAAGGAUACGCUGAGAACAUGCCGUUUGAAAACGAACUAUUCGACGCCACAAUCUGUACGGUAGCACUGUGUGUUGUACAAAACAUUGAGAAGUCACUGGAUGAAAUUAAGAGGGUUUUAAAACCAGGAGGAAAAUUGUUUUUUCUGGAGCAUGUAACCGUCGAGGACAAACGACUCUACACGUAUCUGUUAUGGUGUGCAAUGAUUCCAUUGGCUCGUCUAUUAUACGGCUGUCAUGUGACUCGGGAUACUGUGAAAUCCAUAAAAAACGCCGGAUUUUCUGAUUUGCGGCUGCAAUACGUAUACCCGAAAACAGAUAUCAUUCUCCUGAGAAAAUGUAUCAUUGGAGUAGCGACAAAAUGAUUUGCUGAUUUAGUAGAGGGUGUCCCAUUAUAUACCACUUCAAUAUUUUCUUUUAAAAUGUCUUAUAUAUAUAUAUGUAGUACAUGGUGUCCUAUAGUAUGCUGUAGAAUAAUAUAUGUUAGGAGGGGAGAGGUGGUCUUGUGGUUAAAGUGUCCGUCGCUCAACCCGGGGGUCGUGGGUUUGAGCCCUUCUGGAAUCACGAUCACGAUUCCUUAUAAGCGCCAGUCUUGGGUUUUUCCCCCAGGAAGUAGACUCGAGAGUGGUUUAAAUAAGCUUAAAGCUUUCAUCACAAUCGAGCUAAAAUAAAUUGGUUUAAACUAAAACAUCUAUAUCAAUAUAUCUAUACGGACAUAGUCGUUUGCUUAUUUUAAAGUUUCAAUUGGUUUAUAACUUGCGUUUGUUAAUAUUUCAUGUUAAAAUAUUCAAUAGUUUCGACAGGUAUGAUUUUACAGAAUAUGCUUACAAAUGACGUUCAAAUCUGAACUUGAAAGACAGUCUUUCAUAGGGACAUUUGAAAAAUAGGUCUGCAAACAUAUACCUACGACAACAAUUGACUGAAAGAACAGGUAUAAAACCGGAAAUUGGCCAAUGUGAAGCUUUUCUACAGAAACUUUACUGUCUGUGAAAGGAGAAUGAACGUCAUAUGUAUUGAAAAUAGAGGUCAUUUUGAGCACAUGUGGUAAAACUAUUUCUUUUUCAAGUGUUGAAUAUUCUCAACAUUCAAAUUAAAAAUAUUUACAUGUCCUAUAUCAAAUGAAGCUUCUAAGUAAAAAUGUUCAUUGGCAAUAGUUAUGCAAAGUAGUGAAACAUAUUUUGAGAAACCCUGUAUUUAGUCAGACAUAAUUAUACGUUUACUUUUAAAUAGCAUGUGUAUAUAAUAACAUUUCGUUGUUGGAGAUAUUCCGUAGUUACAAAAAGUGUGAUUUUACAGAACUUGCCCAAAAACUACGUCUUUUUCACAAUAACUUCGUUCAGUCACAUAAUCUGAUUUCCCAAGAUUUCCUUCUAUUGGGAUAUUUGACAGAAUCCUAACUUGAAUUUGUAAGAAUUUUUUAUAAAAAAAACAGGCGAAAUCUGGACAAAGCUUUUUUGCAGACACAUUAAUAUCUGUUAAUUUUCAUAAGAAUGUAAACGCGACGUCAAUUUGCACAUAUAUUAUACAAUCAUACCAUUUUCAAAUUUUGAAUAUUCUCAAUAUUGAGAGUUCUGCUCAACGUAGGGCUAGAGAGCAUGAAUGUUAAAAUGCAUUUCCGUUACAAACUCAAGCAAACCGAGCCUGCAACAUUUUUAUUUUUGUCAUACUUGGGCGACCUACUGAAUGGAUUUCGUUUACAUGGAUUUUACACCGCUUCGAUAUCUAGUAAAUUGCUAUUUAGCUUAGUUGGACCACUCCUUUAAAGAGUAUAGCUCGCCGUACACUUGAGCUUACAAAUUGAACAGUGGUGAAACAGAUGUUCCGAGUUUUCUCACAAAUAUUAAUGAAAUUUCAGCUGCAUUAUCGGGUAACUACAUAGAUAUGCCAAAAGACUGGAACGUUAGAAAAUGCACCAAGUUACAGCAUUUAAUACCUUUAUAUUGAAUACUUGACUUGAUAUAACUUAUUUUUAUUUGUAAAUCUUUUAUGUUAUGAUAGAAAACUAAAUCACUAAACCUACUAUUUAUAACUGUGAGUAUGGAAGGAAAUAUUGUUGUUAAUUAAAAAUAAAAUAAAAAAGAAACAUGCAAAACUUCAAAAGAAUUUUAAGGAACACAUUGUUUGUAUUUAUCCUUUUAUUAUGCCACAUAAAGUUUCAGCUUUUGAUGUCUGACAGUCUUGUGGGGUGAGGUCAAUGUCACGUUUUAUACAUUGCUAGUGGACAUAUUAUACUGCUGAGAAACAAACAGGAAAGCUAAUAUUGAACAGUGUGAAUUUACUUAGAAAUUUUCAGCUUCAUUUUGUUGGCAUUUACCUCAUAAAACAAAUAAAAUGAUACAAUUAUACAUUACACGUUUUGAAUAAAAGUUCUUGAAUUGUAUAAAAAAGAAAAAGAAUAAAGGAUAUCGAUUAAAUUAUAUUCUCACUGAAAUUCUGGGUGUAAACGUGAUCACGACUGACACGAUCAUUUGAACUUUUUUAAUAUGUCUAACAAUAGGCUUUGAAACAAGCGAACAUUUUUAUGCAUAAGUCAAAACUGAUUCUCCCUCUACACGUGCUGAUUAGAAGUGAAAAUGCUUUAGAGUGGCUUCGACAUUUUCGCAUUUGGUGUCAACUGUAAUUAUGCAGAAAACCUCAUUGUGCAGGGGUAUUUGUAUGUACCAUUGUUUAAAAUACAGUGAUGCAAUGUAGUAACGGUAACGGCAAGUGUAAUAAAGGAUUUGGAUACUGUUUGUUUAAACCUCACUGUGCAGGGGUAUUUGUAUGUACCAUUGUUUAAAAUACAGUGAUGCAAUGUAGUAACGGUAACGGCAAGUGUAAUAAAGGAUUUGGAUACUGUU